AUGGGACCUGUCGACCUCCCCCGGCCAUCAUCGCCAGCUCGCUGCGACGCCGAAGCUGAGGCUGUCGGCCUUCUUUCAUAUCAUGGCCAGCAGAAGCAGCAGAAGCAGCAGCAGCAGCCAAGUCACGGCCGAGGCGGGCUUCUGCAAGCCAUCCACGGCCGGUCACCCAGCAGCCUGAACUCGCUUCCUCUGCGGCGGGCUGAGAAGACGGGCCACCAUCUGCUCGCUGCCAUAGGCUGCUGUCCAACGCGGCGAGCUGGAACCAGGCUGUCGAGAACCCACCGCCUGUUACGGCUUGUCGGCUUACUGGCCUGGCUGUUCGUGGUCGUAUCAGUGGCCGAAUCGCUGCUGUGGCCGCCAUAUCAGACGCCGCCAGAGCACUAUGCUGGCCUGCGUGAGCGGAUCCUCGGUUCCACGCAGCCCGGGCGAGGGAACCCAGAAGGCCAGAAGGUGUUCAUAGCAAGUAAUAUCGUGCAGGAGGAGAUGAUUCGCGGGCCCUGGGGCCGCUCGCUGCUCGAGCUGGUCGACAUCCUGGGAGAGGAUAACGUGUUUGUCAGUAUCUACGAGAACGACAGCGGGCCGGGGACAGGAGACGCCCUCAGAGAGCUUGCUGCACAGCUACCAUGUCCGUUGUUCCCCCUUCGUGUGCGCUCUGUAUAUCUAUUCCAUCUCGUUUCCUGCUUCUAA